CAUCCUGGUUGCAAAGCGGAUCAAUGGCAGUGUGACAAGUACGAAUGGCACAGUGUCUCCUGUAUCGCCGAGUAUCAACGAUGUGACAACAUCACCGACUGUGCCGAUGGUUCGGACGAAAAGGACUGCCCAGCAAAUCCGGUAGAUUGCGACAGUAAUGACGGCAGCGUCUUCAUGUGUGCAGAUGGACGGCAAUGUUUUGAUAUGUCGAAGAAGUGUGACGGCAAGUACGACUGUCGAGAUCUGAGCGACGAAAAGGUGAGCUAG